UAAUAAUCAUAGUGACUAUUCUCCAAUGCAGUAUGAAGCUCCGUUUUGAGUCCUUUCGUCUUUCUUCCUUGGCCGAUGGUGACGCCGCUCUGAGUAGGGAGCUACCUCCGUUAACACUGUGAUACACUACGGCGGAAGAAUUCAUUUCUGGCAUAAGGUUAUGGUGCAGUGGCAGAGACAUAUACUCCCAAUACUUCGGCAUAUUGGGAAGAGGCCGAACCCUGCCAAUGAAGUUAUUGCUGCAACAACUGUAAUUUCUCGCAUAGGGUCGUCACUUACACAUGGUCAGGUACAGACGGCAUGGAGAAUGCCCUUGGGCAGCAUGUCAAGGCCGUUUUGGUAUAACUUUCAACAUCAGGGAAUUGCAAGUUCAACCAAGAUGCUAGCAAAUUCCUCUGAGGAAACACCUGUUUCAUCUCCAUUAACCCCGGUUUUGUCAUUGGGUAGUGGAAAAACCGAAGACCAAAAGCAGAAAGCAGUUGUUAAGCCAUCAAAAGUUCAAGCUGUAUUGAAGGGAAUAAAGCAGAGUCCGAAGAAGGUCAACUUGGUCGCUGCUUUAGUUCGUGGUAUGCGAGUUGAAGAUGCAUUGCUGCAGUUGCAGGUGACAGUGAAGAGGGCUUGCAAAACUGUAUACCAGGUUAUUCAUUCAGCUCGAGCAAAUGCAUCACAUAAUCAUGGGAUGGAUCCAGAUCGGCUCAUCGUUGCUGAAGCAUUUGUAGGAAAGGGAUUCUUCAAAAAGAGAGUUUCCUAUCAUUCCAAAGGAAGAUGUGGAGUGAAAGUCCGACCAGAGUGCAGACUAACAGUUGUGGUGAGAGAGAUAACUCCUGAAGAGGAAGCAGAGAUAGCUAGGCUCAGGGUUCACAACUUUCGGAAGCUCACUAAGCGAGAAAGACGGCUCGUGCCUCAUCAACUUAUUGAGACCACUUCCAUCUGGGGUCGCAAGAACAAUUCCAGCGGCCAGGACUCGAGUGCUACAGCUACUGCUUGAGCCCGCUUGUGUUUGAGCCUUCACGUUAAGGUGGGCAGUUUUGAUGUUAUAUGUUGGAUUGUCAUAUAGGUUCUGCUCAUGAAUCACUUCAUAUGAAAGAAUCAGGCGCAAGGAAAUAUGGAGAACGUUAAAGAAUCUUGCAGCAGUUUGUCAUGGUUCUAAGUUGCCUUGAUAUAAGUUGAUAUGUAUGAAGGAACCCAUUUUGCAAAUAAUAUUUUAUUGAACCAUUUUUCGUUUAUAUGCUUUAACUUUUGGAAUGGAUCCUUGUUUUGGCCAUUGAUUAAUGUUCUGUAUUAUCUUCCCAAGCUUUGAAGGAAUAAAUUUUAGUGUAA